AUCGUCCUCUGAAGUAUGGCUCCGCCGCGUUGCAUGCUUACAUGCAUCUUUCCCCACCUGCCUGAUUCGCUCAAUGCUCUCCCCUCCUCUCUUUCUUCUCUUGUCGUGUCUCUUGCUCGCUACUUUGUUGUUUCUGUUCAUGUUCUCCAUUCUUUCCUUGUAUACCCUACAGUUCUGCAUCAGUGUACACAUGCGAAACCUGCACAGUUUGUGUGGUUGCUUUGGCGUUUCGCUGCUUUCUUGUAAAGUUGGUCUUGAAAUGUAUUUCUGGCUUAACCAGAUGUCUGCCGACUACCUUGUUCAUGUACAGUGUUACAUCAUGUGCUAGAACACAUCUAGGUCAUGUCUAUCGUGUAUUUGUUGUCCCUCCUCACCCUGUGUCGCUUGGUUCUGUGCUGCCACUCAACUUCUCUUAUUGUCUAUCCAUCGUGUCCAUCCUUGAAUCAGCACGCUGCAUAUCACUUCUCCUCCUCACCCCCUUGCUGUCUUUCACUUUUGCAUGUGCGCAUCUCCCCGUCUUACGGUUCUUGUCAGAUGCGCACUAUCCUCUACGGAAAGAAGGCUGCCAACCUCUACACCCAGGCGUUCGUUCAGAACACCCAGGCUCGCGCCCUCUACCAGGAGUCCGAGGACACCUACUACCGCGCCAACGAUGCCGCCUCCUACGAUGACUGGCGCCGCGCUCGCCACCAGUGGGACUACUUCUACAACCGUCAUUAA